UGUCAAAAAGGGCUGGGACGAAAACGGGCGACUUCGGGAUAUCGUACAAAAUUAAUUAUUUACACGUGAAAAUAACAAAGUAAACUGUAAUAAUGUGAUUAAAAAUGUUUGUGGACUGGGCGUGCGUACGCCGAAUCGGCUAAAACGGCGUAAACUGCUCCCUGUGUGGACGUUUAACCUCGCUAGUUUUGGCGCAAUUGUUUUCUCAUUUAUCGUUUUGGUAUCAUGUUGAAAUUCAAAAAGAUGGGAUCGGAUAAAGUGCCAUUGCUUCUGGUGACCGCCAACGUGGGAUCAAUAUUCGAGGAACCGUCAGUGAUGCUGCCAAUAUGGACGUCGGAGUUCUUGCAAGCAGUCGCCCGUAUGGACCCGAAGUUCAUAGCGCUUCACCUCCAAGAAGUAGGGGGCAAAGCAUAUGAGAAGUCGAUGCAGUACGUACAAGACUUCGUGCAGAGGCUGAUGGACUGCCCGGAGCUGAGACUCUUUGACAAGAUCAGGAUUUUCCUCGAUGAAGACUUCAGUUCGCCGGAGAAAUUUACGGCUCUAGGCAACAUGUACUUCGCUCACUCAUCGCUAACCGACCUCAAGAUUUGGGACUUCGAGCUGAAGGCGUACGUGGACGCGGCGGGCAAGGAGCUGCACAGCGGGAACAUCGAGAAGGUGCCCACUAAGGAGAAGGCCAAGUUCCCGCAGCAUUUCUUCCCCGAGUGCAAAUGGUCCCGCAAAGGCUUCCUGCGCACGCGCUGGCUGAUCCGCGGCACGGCCCUGGAGUUCGUCAACAUCCACCUGUUCCACGACGCCAGCAACCUGCUAGCAGUCGAGCCCUUCCCGUCUGUGUACUGCCGAAGCAGGCGGCGGGCUUUACGUCACACGUUGCGACACUUGCACUCGGACGUAAACGCUGCGCCUUACUUCAUAUUCGGGGACUUUAACUUCAGAACCGAUACCGGAGGCGUCGUCAAGAAAAUAACCGAAGAGCUGACAGCGUGCCGAUUACAAAACGGCGGCAAUGCGGACGCGUCCAAACUGCAGUAUCGGUCCGCGACCGACGGCCGCGUGGUACUAACGGUCGGCAAGAAAGAGUUCUCGCAUCUGGACCACCAGAAGAUCUUCAGAGAGCCUUGGCUGCAACGAUACGACCGCGAGUUGGAAGCGCUUCGGCCGCACUUGUACGAGUUUCCCGUGAAGUUCCCGCCGUCCUACCCUUUUGAGGAAGAUGUCCAUCUACCCACGCAUUACAUGAAGACGCGGUGCCCGGCGUGGUGCGACCGCAUCCUGCUGUCCCAGUCCGCGAGGCUACUAGUCCAGCAGGACGCCGCGCGCCCGGCCGAGAACAGGCACUUGCACACUUCCAGAAAAUCGGUAGCUGAAUCUACAGACAGUAGCAGCGGCCGAGUGUCGUCUUCCGACAGCAGCCCGGCAAGGUCUGGGUCGCCAGUCAGACAAAAUCACCAAUCUAGUCCCAGUAAGACUUUAGAGAAGAAGGGCAGUGUAGCAGAUUUGGACGCGUUGUCCGUGCCAGGUAUCACGGUCAGCCGGAAGAGUAUUGCUGACCCUACGAGCGUGCAGCAAGCUAUUAACGCAAGGGUAUCAGAAAGCGAAGGCUCGCCGAACCGUCGCAAACUAGUCCGCAACCAAUCAGAAGGCUCGCCCAAGCCCUGCCCCGGCGUGUCGUGCGAGCUGCGUCGGCUCGUGGACGCGCCCGCGCGCAAGCGACACGACUACGGCGUCAUCGGGCCCGCCUCGUGCAUGGGCGACCACAAGCCCUGCCCCGGCGUGUCGUGCGAGCUGCGUCGGCUCGUGGACGCGCCCGCGCGCAAGCGACACGACUACGGCGUCAUCGGGCCCGCCUCGUGCAUGGGCGACCACAAGCCCUGCCCCGGCGUGUCGUGCGAGCUGCGUCGGCUCGUGGACGCGCCCGCGCGCAAGCGACACGACUACGGCGUCAUCGGGCCCGCCGCGUGCAUGGGCGACCACAAGGGCUCGCCCGAGCCCUGCCCCGGCGUGUCGUGCGAGCUGCGUCGGCUCGUGGACGCGCCCGCGCGCAAGCGACACGACUACGGCGUCAUCGGGCCCGCCGCGUGCAUGGGCGACCACAAGGGCUCGCCCGAGCCCUGCCACGGCGUGUCGUGCGAGCUGCGUCGGCUCGUGGACGCGCCCGCGCGCAAGCGACACGACUACGGCGUCAUCGGGCCCGCCGCGUGCAUGGGCGACCACAAGCCGAUCUACUUACGCGUGAUGCUGCAAUCGGACCGAGGUACCUUAGAGUGUUGUGACAGCAAGCUCCCCUGUCUCCUCUGCGGGGCUCCCCGGCCCCUAGCACGUCGUCCCACACACCCCGACCUCCUCAGACCCCCCGCUACCCUCCCCAAAACCUCCCCCCUCCAUAAAACGUCCUCUCUUCAUGACAUAACCAUCCCCCACGUCGAAAUAACCAACGCAGACUAUUGCAGCUACGACGGUAUAUUCGUAAAUGACAUAGACAAUACGCUGCUGACAGUUCGUCAGUGCGUUGACCCCUACACGCCAGAGAGUAUAGACUCCCACACGCCGAAUAUAGAAAGGUCAUCUUCAGAUGAAAUUACGGAGAUCGCGUAUGUCGAACCGAAAGCGAAACUUAAUCGGGAUAGGAGCGUGUCUCCGACGCAGUUGAAGAAUCGAUUGGAUGCUUUAAUAAAUGAUGGCUUUGAGACUAAAAGUAGGAAAGUUUCAAGGAGUUCGAUGACCGAUAGUAAAAGAGGUUGGAAGUGCUUGAUUUGGGAGUGCUGUGGGUUAUGUCGUAGGAGAGACAGCGAGAACGAUAAAGGCCCGUUGCGGUGACGAUGAUGUUACGAUAAGCUUGUCAGGAACAUUUAAAGGUCAUAGCACACCUAUCAACCCAGAAACGGAUCAACACCGUAUCGCCUUUCGCCGCGCUGUCAAACCAGGCGAGGCGUUUACGUUACGGUGCGGAUAAGUGUGCGUUGAAGUACGGGGUUUCGUACAAAGAACACUGACAGCCUUGAUUUGAUAUGGUCACGAUCCGUUUCCGGGUUGAUAAGUGUGUUUCGUCCCUAUGACGUGACAUUAAAAAAGAAAGACAAGUAGUCAUUUUUAAUAUUAAUUUUAUAGAACUACAUAUGAAUAAGUUUACCAAACUCAAUUGAAAUUCUGACAAACUAUUGCACGAAAAUCGUGUGUUAUGAUGACAAAAAAAUCUCUAAUAUAUCGAUUUUGAAUUGACCAUAGAAGCAUAGAUACAAGUCUGUGAUUCGUUGAAUACCAAAACCAAAACCCAUCCCAAGUCCUUCCUUUUGGCGGAACCGUGUGUGCAUUAUCGUGUAGCUUUACGUAGUAGUAGUCUAAUGUAUGCCUUUUAAAUUAAAAUGUAUCAUAAAUACUGAUAAUAAGGACUGAAUUUCGUUAACACAAAUUUUAUUGACCACCAGGGCGGCGCCACUGUAGUUUUAAUUUUUAUUUUUCUGGAUUUUAUUUGACAAGUACGAUUAACAGCGCGUCGAGCGUAACUGUGAAAAGCCCGAUUGUGCAAAUAACAUUAUUUGUAGACAUAAUAUGCACUGAUGAUUAUACAUGAUGAUGUAUUUUAAUACUUUUAAUUUAAAAGGCAAAAUAACUGCACAUUUGCACUUAUAUUAGUAUUUUUGUUGUGUUUUGUUGUACUUAGGGCCCACUUAGACGACCAACUUAAAAAUAAUUCGUAGACUAUGAAAGGUAUUCGUCUAUGCAGGCCUUAAUUAAGUAUAGAUCGUUUCAUCCACGAAGACGCGCCCCACCAUUCUUCCGCUAAUGUUUGAGUGUUAUCGUCAUCAUCAUCAUCAUUUCAGCCACAGGACGUCCACUGCUGAACAUAGGCCUCCCCCAAUGCUUUCCAUGUUGAUCGAUUGGUAGCGGCCUGCGUCCAGCGCUUCCCUGCUACCUUUACGAUGUCGUCGGUCCACCUUGUAGGUGGACGUCCCACGCUGCGUUUUCCGGUACGCGGCCUCCAUUCCAGUGAGUGAGUGUUAUCGGUACACGCUAAAUUAUCCAUGAGUGCACACGCAUACUAGAAUCAUGACGCUCGGAUUGCUCGGAUCAAACUCCCCGCACCCCGCGCGACCGAGACAAAAAAUUGGUGGGGCGCGUCUUCGUGGAUGAAACGAUUUAUCCCUACUUGACCAAUGACAUCGGUCGUUGAACCUGAAAUGAUAGUGUUGCCAAUUUCUCAUUGCUUGUGUGACGUUUGCAAUACCAAAUUACCGAUACUGAUUGUUCAAUACUUAUCUCGAAUAAUUGAAGUUUGAAUAUUUAUAUUCUAUUGCGAUUAACUCCACUUUUUAUACAAAUCAGUAAAAAAACAAGUUGGUCAGAAACUAAAGCAUUAUCGAAAGUAUACUUAGGCUGAGUUGCACCACCUAACUUUGACAACAUUAACGAUAACCGGUGUUUUUUGUAUGGAGUUUGACAGAUUUUUGACGUUUGUCAAAGUUAAAGUAAGAUGGUGCAACCCAACCUUAGUUGAAGUGAGUGACCACAAAGCAAUCCCGCCCUGCCAUGAGUGAAAUGUGACUCAGAUCAAUUAUCAAUUGUUUCGUGUCCCUUACCCGUAGUUAAACUAAAGUUACCAAAUAAUUUUACCCAAAAAUCAGUUUUGCAUGGAUGUUGGUUUCAUUUUAAAAUCGCAUGAAUUAGUUGUUUUCGCUUACUUAAAUUAAUAACUUGCACUAUUAGGAAGUAUUUUAUACAUUUUUCUAGAUUUUCCUUCACUCCUUUCUCCAACGUCCAAUUUACUAUUGAAAAAAAAAACAUUAUUUUUGUUUGUUUUUCUAGCAUUUAUAAUUUUGAAAUGAAACUUUGUAUAUUAAUGCAAUUUCAAUUUGUAGAUACUAUUUUUAAUUAUGGCAAUAUUCGUUUUAGUGGGUUUACAGCGUUGAGCUGUGUAUAUAAUAAUGCAAUAUUUUAUUUAUAUUUUUUGUACAGAACAAUACAAAUAUACCAAAUGCUUAAAUUGUUCUAGUCUAGCACUGCUCAAGCAGAUUGUAAGCUAUUCUUAAUAUCUUUGUAUACAGGGUGUUAGGUAAAUGGGUAUAUGAGCCGACACUAGCCCAUGUUAACAUGGGCAUAUAAAUGGUAUGGUGAAGUCAGAAAUUUUGUAUCGUCAUUUUAUUUUUUUUAAUUUUCAUACAAAAUAAAUUUUAUAAAAUCCGAUUUGUAUGAAAAUUAAAAUGAUUAAAAUGAAGAUAUCAAUUUUCUGACUUCACCAUACCAUUUAUAUGACCAUAUUAACAUGGGCUAGUGUCGGCUCAUAUACCCAUUUACCUAACACCCUGUAUACAUAAGUAGACUAUUUUUACAUUAUUUUUAAUAUCAGAAGUGUUCAACAUUUCUUACCAAAUUAACUAAGCUUAAUAUUUAGUUACCAAGCAAAAAGUAGUGUAGAUUUAGUGACUAAAAAUCUAAUAAUGUAGUAAGAACACUUACUGACAAAAAACAUCAAAUUAUUUUAUUUCACUCAUGUAUACAAUUGUAUACACGUGUAUUAUUCUAGAAAUAUUUACCAACCCAUGUAACCAUUUCGCUUAGCGCUUCGCUUACAAGUAAAUAUUAUUUGAAUACAUAUUUAAAUAAUAAUAUAUUUAUAUACAAACUGUUGCAAUAUAUAGCCACGCUUUAACUUUUAAAGUUUAAAUUUAUAACUAAAGUCACUAUUAAUUAAGACUGUAAAUCAACAAGCAAUGCAAUGUAAAAUAUUCAAUAUUAAUAGUUGUUUUCCAUUUCAUUGCUCGUAAGUGUAAUAUAAUGUAGUUAGAGUUUUUAAUGUUUGCAAGGUGCAGUGCAAUAACGAAGUGGGUUAAUAUCUUAAGUCGCGUUCACACAUUGGAUAAUGUAUCUAUAUAAAAUUAAAUAUACCUACAAAUUAGACAAAAGUAUUUUUCCCUUUUCAUUCCGGGUGGCACAGUGCUUCUUCCACCGAUGUUAUCCGAUGUUUCGAAUGUAUCUAUCCAUCCCUCUCACACAAAGUGAAAGUGACAGUGUCAGAACCGAAAAUAAGUUUGCGUUGGCGAAUUUAUGUUAGGCGCUUAUGUCAAAAUCCAAUACAGUUCCAGACCCUAUUGUGAUGUAAAUUAUAACCAAUGUGUGGCCCCACGCGGCUUUAGAUUCUGAUACAGAGAUGUGCAGUAAAAAAAGACAAUCAGUGGGCUGAGUGUGAGUUUUUUUCAAACGCGCUCACUAGUGAGCCCGUUUAAAAAAUGUAUGGAAAUUUUAGUUUUUGAAAGUUUCCCGCCAGGGGCGCUGUACAAUCCGUCAUACAGUUAAUGUGAUUUUUUGACGCGCUCACUAGUAAGCGCGUUUGAAAAAAACUCACACUAGGCCCUCAGAAGAUAGCCUAAUGGCUAACAGUACAUUUUUGUAUUUUAACAGUGAAUUGUUAACUUUUAAAGCACAAAACCGGCGUUAUGUUCCCAUAUUUAUUUAUAACGCAUUCAUUCAUUACUGUCAAUUAAUUACUGGACAUCUUUAAAAUACAGGAUUUAAUUGUAAGACAUCCAGUCACUUUUUAUAACAAUUUUGUGUGAGUUAAUCCUGAUCAUCGUUCGUUUAUAAUAGUUAUUACUUAUAAAAUAUAUUAAACCAAUUUUUCACUUGAAUGGAUCCCUUUUUAAAUUAUUUUGGUUGGCUUGAAAACCUACUUCAAUUUACCUUGUAACGUGGUGUUAGAAUUUAUAUUUAAUAAACAUUCCGCACUGA